AUGGUGUUUGAGUUAAUCGGAAGAUAUCAACUAAGGAUGAAUCCAUUGAAAUGUUCAUUCGGAGUUACUUCCGGCAAGUUCCUUGUCUUUAUUGUGAGAUAUCGAGGAAUUGAAAUUGAUCAAGCCAAAGUCGAUGCAAUAUCAAAGAUGCCUGAACCUCGAAAUAUUCAUGAGUUAAAAAGUCUCCAAGGAAAGUUAGCCUACUUGAGACGAUUCAUCUCAAAUCUAGCGGGGAGAUGUCAACCAUUCAGUCACCUCAUGAAGAAAGGUUCUCCAUUUAAUUGGGACCAAACAUGUAGCGAUGACUUUAAAAGUAUCAAAUUGUAUCUAGCAAAACCUCCAGUUUUGGCUGCCCCUAUACCUGGAAAACCAUUGAUAUUCUACAUUGCAGGACAAGAAAGAUGUGAUGUCCAUAGAAAAUCACCUCUUUGGAAAAUGUACUUUGAUGGGGCUACACAUCGUGGAGGAGCUGGUGCCGGCGUAGUGUUCAUCACUUCGCAAGAAGAUAUUCUACCAUUCUCUUUUACUUUAAAGCAAUGUUGCUCCAAUAAUGUCGCUGAAUACCACGUGUUGAUACUUGGACUUGAGAUGGUUGUCGACAUGAAGCAAUUACACUUACAAGUCUUUGGUGACUCUCAGUUGGUGAUCAACCAACUCUUGGGAAGUUAUGAGGUGAAGAAACCUGAAUUGCGUCCUUAUCAUGACUAUGCCCAAAAUUUUAUAGGAUGUCUUGGAUAUGUAACCCUUCAACAUGUGCGUAGAACGGAAAAUAAAAGAGAUGAUACAUUGGCUGCCUUAGUACCACCAAUAAAUGAGGAGAAAUAUAUAGAAAAUGAGUUUGAGCAUGUUGUUGCCAUUUUUGAAGCCGCAGAGGAAGAUUGGAGACAAUCCAUUAUUGACUACAUGUGUUAUGGGAUACUUCAAAAAUAUCCAAAGAGAAGGACUGACAUUCGUCGACGUGCACCUCGUUUCCUUUAUUACAAGGACACAUUAUUUAAAAGAUCAUUUGAGGGUCUGCUAUUAAGAUGUUUGGGAAAGGAAGAAGCAAUUCAAGCUCUGCAAGAAGCACACUCAGAAAAAUGGGCUGAAGUGGUCGCUCUUACAAAGGUGAAGAAGAAGAACAUUGCAGAUUUUAUAGGAGUAAAUAUUAUCUAUAGCUUUGGCAUCCCUCGCUAUAUAAUAAAAGACAAUAACAAGCAAUUCAAUGAUAAAUUAAUGAAUAAGAUUUGUGAUCUUUUUGACUUCAAGCAACAUAAAUCUUCUAUGUAUCAUGCUGCCACCAAUGGUCUUGCUAAAGCAUUCAAUAAGACUCUAUGCAACCCGCUAAAGAAAGUUGUCUCCAAAUCCAAACGGGAUUGGCAUGAAAGAAUGGAAGAAGCUUUGUGGAAGGGCUCAUGUGAGGAAGAAAAUGCUCGACUGCGUCUUGCUGAGUUAGAAGCACUUGAUGAGAAGAGGCUAGAAGCCCAACAAAACCUUGAAUGUUAUCAAGCUCGUCUUUCUCGUGCUUUCAAUAAGAAGUUUAGCUUGAGGUGUUUCCAAGUUGGAGACCAAGUUCUCGCAGUAAGAAUACCUAUCAUUUCUUCGCACAAUUCUGGGGACAAGUUUACCUCAAAGUGGGAUGGACCAUAUGUCGUAAAAUAA